UCCCAGAAAACCGUGGAAAUUUAACAACAAAACUCAACUUGCUUAAACAGUUUUUAAAACUCUUCAAAUCGGCGGAGGUCAGGACGAAUAUCCGCGUCCCCUUUUCUGCGGGUAGUGAUUCAUCAGGGCCCUUGUAAAAUCCCGCCUUCCGAAAGGCGCGCGUCAUCCGCAAAAUCCGCUCUCGGCGACGAAUCUGCAAUUCGCGGACGCGGCGCUCCAGAAUGUCUUCGGGUGCUUCUGAAAAGGAAAAGAAGCGCACUUCACCUGCCGGGACCGAGGCAGAAGAUGCCUCUUUAAGCACAACCAACGACAAAAGUGAAGGCGAUUCGCGAAAAGAGGCUUCCUCCGCGAAAACGGAGUCGCGCGAUAAAGAAGAGCAAACAAGCGAAGGAGGAGGGGGGAAAGAUGGCCAAACCGCGGUUCCCCACAGCGGUAACGGCGACAGUUCCAGCUCAACGGCCGCUUCGUCACAAACCGCGGUAAGCUCGAGCACCACACAAAGCACCGGGAGCGCUUCACGGCGCUCUUCGAGUGGAACAACCGCGACGAGUGCUGGCACAUCUACGACCCCAAGCAGCACCAGUAACGGCGGGAACACAAACAGCAGCGGUACGGCGGGUAUUAGCAGUGGCAAAACGGCAAAACCAUCCAACGACAAAGGUGCGGCCACUACGAACGGGGUACCGUAUCCACCGUGUGCACUCUGUUGUGAAACGAAAAGUCCGCUCAACUACGUCCUACCGACGCAGAGCGGGAAAAAGGAGUUCUGUUCCGAGUUGUGCAUCACCGAGUACCGGAAGGCGUCGAGCAAAGGUAUCUGCAUCCAGUGUGACAACGUGAUCCGGGCAAACGCACCGAGACCCAACUUUUGCUCGACCUUCUGCCUGAAGAAGCACCAGCACAAGAAUGGAAUCCCUUGGAUGUCUCCGGCCGAUGUCUUGAAAGCGGCCGCCAACAAUAAUAACAGCAGCAAUGAGAAUAACAAUAAUAGCAACGGCAGUUCUAAUGGGCGUCGAGCUGGCGGCUGUUCACCUGGCCGAAAUGUGGACUCGUUGUUGGGUGUAUCGGCGACAGGGACGCGGAUCAGCCCGGUCACUACAACCCAAGCCGGACCGUUUCAGUACGAAAGUUUCCACGUGUUCGACUGGAAGGAGUAUCUACGGGAUUCUGGCAGCGUGCCUGCACCAGCGGAAUGCUUCAAGCAGGCUCUGAUUCCUCCGAAAAACGAGUUUAAAAUAGGUAUGAAGCUGGAAGCGCUUGAUCCACGUAACACCACAGCAACCUGCAUAGCGACGGUGGUUGGGGUGCUUGGAUCGCGCUUACGGUUGCGGCUCGAUGGAAGCGACAACAAGAAUGACUUCUGGCGACUGGUGGACUCCACGGAAAUCCACCCGAUCGGUCACUGCGAGGAAUCGGGCGAGAUGUUGAAACCACCGCUCGGGUUCCGCUUGAACGCCAGCAGCUGGCCGACGUUUCUAGCAAAAACGCUUAACGGAGCGGUAAUGGCCCCGAGUGACAUCUUCGUACCGGAACCGCCGACCCCGAAGUGCAAUCUGUUUCAGGUCGGCCAGAAGCUGGAGGCGGUCGAUAAGAAGAACCCCCAGCUGAUUUGCUGCGCCUCGGUGAACGAGGUGCGUGAGGAUCAGAUACACGUCACGUUCGAUGGUUGGCGCGGUGCAUUUGAUUACUGGUGUCGGUAUGAUUCGAGGGACAUCUUUCCGGUUGGAUGGUGCGCCAAAAGUUGCCAUCCCAUGCAACCGCCCGGCCAAAAGAACAAGCUAGACGGAAGUGGGCAUAGGUCGAAACAGAGUCGUACCUCGUUCGCAAUGGUCAACGAACCGGACAUGAUGCAGCCAGCGAUUCUAGUGACGGCACACUUCCACAGUCGAUGCCGCGGAGGGCCUUACAUUAACAGCACGAAGCUACCGUCCAUGGUGACGGCACCGAACCAUCAAACGCUGGCCAAACUCUGUCUACAGGAGGUAUUGGCCGCUUCGCGCGAUCACUCUCAGUUGUCGCCUCUGCUGUUCGGGCUGGAGGGAGAUGUACAUAUCGUGACCGCAGCUGGUAAGAAUUUUACCGUCAAAAUUCCUCCUUACAUCAAGCAAAAAGGUAAUGCUGGCGUUUCGGAGUUUCUGGAAACGCUGUGCACUGCAUGCCAAGCUUGUCCUCGGCUCAUAACACUUGAAGCUGGGCCAGAGCAGUGUGACGAUUGUAUGAUCUCACCUCCACUGAAGAGACCGAUAAAAACUGAGCCUCGUGCUACAGCCGCGGCCAGUCCACCACCGAAUUCUGCCUCGUCACCCAAAGCAUCUGCCACGGAUCGUUCGGUCGGUGAUGAUGACACCGAAUCCACCCCGGUGCCAGCACGUGAAACGCGUAAGGAGUUAGGACCGCCUUCGCCAAAACGAAAAAUGACGCGUAGAAUGAGCGUGGCCUAUGAACAGCACAAACACGAAAUGAACAUUAUGUCGGCCCCUGCGGCCAAGGAGCAACGAUCGACAACGACAAACUCGAAAACGUCCACCACGAGCACCAUAAGCACUUCUAAAUCAUCAGGCAAAUCAACGAAAAAUAGAUCCGAUAGCUCAGUGGUCACUAUCACAAACAGCAACACCACGUCCACAUCGAGCAUAACAACGGCGAACCAGAGUGAAAGAAAAGCACAAACGGCACCGAUCACAACUACGGCAGCCAGUUCAUCAUCUACCUUUACGGUACCUGCAACUAGUAACAUCGAAAUCAAGGUGGAACCAGAGCGUGUAAAGGUUGGAGCUCCUGUUAUUGCUCCAGCGGCUAUGACAAUGCCGGCCACACCUGCGACGGUGCCGUAUCAUCACACCACACCAUCAACUCCAGCUGUUUCCUUAAUGACCACAACUGAUACAACAACGUUGAUUCCUGCCGCCGCUUGCUCACUCGGUCCGCCGGUAGCUCUCAUACCAGUUGUUGCAUCCUCUUCCUCGUCCUAUCCAGCUGCUGCUACCGCUCCGACUGGACCACCACCUUCCUACGCAGCCAGCACGGCAGCGGCAACACAGUAUCUUGGCGUUGGGAUGCUGCAUCCCCCCGUGCCACCAGUACAGGCACAAACGGUGGCCUACGUUCCGCAAACUACGGCCACUCCCCAGAUGCCACGAGGACAGACAACAGAUUGGUCGAUCGAGGAUGUCAUACAGUUCAUCGCCAUACAGGAUCCUUCGCUUGCCAUCCAUGCUGAUCUAUUUCGGAAACAUGAAAUCGACGGUAAGGCGCUCCUCUUGCUUAACAGUGACAUGAUGAUGAAGUACAUGGGACUGAAACUGGGGCCAGCAUUGAAAAUCUGCAAUCUUGUUAGUCGUGUGAAAGGCCGGCGACAUAGCGUUGCUUCGCUGUAACUCUACUGUUCGCUGAUGUGUGCGCCACAUGCUUGUACCUUGCUACUCGAGGAUGUGAAAGAAAGGGGAUUCCCCGUGAAAUGAGGAAUGGACUCAUUUGGACGCAUCUCGCAGGCGGAUGCUUUUCCGGAGAUGAUCCUCUUUCCAAGCUUGUUCUUAAGUUCAGGUUAACAAAUAUUGUAAAUAGCGACAAGACCUGAUUCACGGCAAUGACAUUCGUCUGUCUAAGGGGUUGUAGGAAAUUGAUUUUUCAAUUGAUGUUACGUUUGACGUAAAUUCAACUUUCUCAAUACCUAGGGCUACGAUUUACUCGCCUUUAGCUAUUGGUGCACUACGGUUUGCUUGCAUCUCUCUUCUUGACGUUCUACAUUUGAAUAUAACCCAGUGGAGCAGUUUAUCUGUUGCUUGGAAGUUAAUUCUUUCUUUGGUCUCUGGUUCACGGAGCUAUCUCCUCAUGAAUCACAUAGUUUCUCUAGUUUCUAUUUUUGUUGUUACGUUUUAUGUAAAGAUCAAUUACAAUAAUUUCCAUCCAUCUCCACUAUAAAUUCCGUACCCAGAAAACGAAAUAUUAAAUGUUGAAUAAUACCGUUUACAGCUGAUCAAGCAACUGGAUAUGCUACCUAGCACAGCAUUAACUAAUCAAACCAAACACAAUAUUCAAACCCCACAGCCUAUCAGUAGCAGAUACCGAUGAGAAGAGACGGAAAGCACAACAGAAUCAAAAACAGUAAACAAAAACGCCAUGGUAAAUUUAAUAUAAAACCGCUUUCCAACAUUACAACGAUAAAAAAGGAAUUAGGAUUACCGCUGGAAAGACAGGACUUUCAACGACUUCUUCGUUAUCUAAUUUUCUCGCCAUUAUAUUAUACACCUACAAAGGCACCCAUGAAUAGUCAUGUUUGUCUUAGAUUUCGAAUUCUAUACCGUCUGUCUUUUGGUCAGUUGAUUUUUAUUUAAGGUACAGGGACACCUAGGUAGUCAGAAUUGAAAUGAUUGUGAAUUUCGAGUAAUUAUUAACGUAGAAGAAUCACUUUCGGAUAUGAUACACUCCUUUACACUCCUCUCACUAGCAUCAACACCGAACACGUUAUAAGUGCAAAUAGAACUGUAUAUUAAAGAAACAACAUGGCGAGAUAUCACACGAGCGAACGACGAAAGAUGAUCAUCUAUACCAAAAACAAGCAACAUGAAACGGUAUAAGCUGAUGUCGGUUUAGUGAAUUGAAUGAAAAAAGGCGAACGAUCGCAAAUCGCAGAGUAGAUAUGAGACCGUUUCGUUCCGUCAUCAUUUGCCAUGGGGAAAUAUUGAUUUCUGAUUCGAUAAUGGCCCUUUUCGCAUAGAAAAACCGAGCUAGUGCUAGUGUAAAACAAGUUUAAGUAUAGUUAAAAGAUCAUAGCCCCUUAUCGUAGGACGCCAGACGACGAUCAGGCGAUCCGCCCCGCCGGACCUGUGCGGCCCAUGUGCACUUUUGUGGAAAAGCAAGUACACAUGUACGCACGCACGCAUAGAGUACAAGUAGUAUCGCGAUCUAAAUAGCAAACGUCAUCGAGCGGCUUUCGCAGAAUAGGAGAGGAAAUAUGAAAUUCAGAAAGGGUGCACUGAAGAACAAUGCACAUGCACCGCCGCGUACACCACGUGCAUAGGGCGCGCGGUCGAAACACAUCCACUAUCCUUAAGAACACUUUAUACUUUGUGAUAACUGUUCACCAAUAAAACAACGUAUGC